CUUGGGCUUAAAGCCUCAUAAAUGUCAUUUUUGGACUUGGGCAAAACUUCAACACAUCGGGUGGUGACGGUGAGUUGAUUCUCGACUUUCAGGAUGAUGGCCGGCCAACAACCGUAAAAGGAGGUGGGAGGAUGUCUGUGGAGGUGGACGCGUUGCUGCAAGAGGCAAAGGAGAGCAUUGAAGCAGCCCAGAACUACCGCAGUGAACUCCAGCAGCGCCUGCAUGGCCUCAACCAGGCCCGCAAACAGGUGCGAGGCAGUUCGGGGCAGGCUCGCGAAGCCCUCCGGAAGCACUUCACGGAGCUACAGGUGGCGGCAGGGCGGUUGCUGAAUGAGCGUUUGGCUGCCCUGCUGGCUGAGGUGGAUGCUAUCGAGACGGACAGCAUCAGGCCACUGGACGACUGCCAGAGCCUCAUCGAGCACGGGGUGGGCCAGGCCGAUGAGCUGCUGAGAGAGGGGGAAGCAGCUCUGCGUAGUGGACUGGGGGAGAAGGAGGACAAGCUGGGCAGCUUCACCAAGAAGGCCUUGCACAUCCAGCUGGACAGUUUGCCAGAGGUGCCGGCGCUGGUGGAUGUACCGUGUGUCUCGGCCCAGCUGGAUGACUCCCUGCUGGGGCUGCUGAGGGAGCGGGUGUCCCGCCAUGGCUCCGUGUCCUCCCACCCUCCUGUCCAGAUAGAGGAGCUGCAGGAGAGACCCGGUAGUAUCCUGGUUCGCUGGUGUAAGGUGGAUGAGGACUUUGCGGCAGCAGAUUACCGGCUGCAGUACCGGCGGUGUGGCAGCGGGGGCCAGUAUGAGGACGCCUAUAUUGGGCGGGAUUGCGAAUUCCUGGUCCUCCACCUGGACCCCCACACCGAGCAUCUGUUCAGGGUGUGUGCCCGAGGGGAGGGUCGCACUGAGUGGAGCCCCUGGAGCAUCCCACAGACUGGGUACACCACACUGGCACCACAUGAGUGGCACCCCGGCACUGAGGGCUACAUCCUGAGCAGCAGGAGAAACAUUGCCAUGCGCAAUGACUCCUCCCCAUCGCGCUGUCCUGUCCUGUAUUCCAACGCACCUACCUACUUUUGUGGCCAGACACUGACAUUCAAGAUCUCUGCAGCAGGCCAGCUGGACCGCAGGGACAGCCUGGGAGUGUGUGUGGAAGGCGAGAGCGGGCCUGAGUCACUGCAGAGAGACCAGGCUGUCUGCAUUUCUACCAGUGGUGCAGUGUUUGUCAAUGGGAAGGAGAUGACCAAUCAGCUGCCUGCCAUCACCGUGGGCUCUACCGUCACCUUUGACAUGGAGGUGGUCAACCUGUUUCCCAUCAGCAACAACAACCUGAGUGACGGGGGCAACUUCAAGCUGAGGGUGACCAUUGGCUCAGGGAACCGAGAGGUGGUGUUUGAUUGGCUGGUGGACCAGGCGGUGGACUGCCUCUACUUCGCCUGCUCCUUCGUACACUCCGGCUGGAAGGUGCUGGUGUUUUAAGCACCUGCACUCACUUGACGAGAAGAAAGAGAGUGGAUUUCCUACCUGCUGCAGUCUGGAGGCUCUCCACCUGCCUCCAUGCUCUAACUAAACAUGUUCUCCUGCAUUUCAUAGCCCCAACCCCUCAGCAGGGUGUCCACACCACACAACUUGAAUGGAGGAGAAUGUUCGUUGCUCUGUUUGUCAUUUAGCUGGUACUGAAUAAUAUGGUGAUGACAGUUCUUUGCUAUGAUAACAAGUCAGUUGGACAACAUUUGAAUCGGUGUCUGCUGGUGCUGCACCAGCAAGACUGUGCUUCUCCUGUUAACUCCUCCAGUCAACAUGUGCAAGCUAAUAAAUCUAGCUGGUCAGCAUCAUCAAACAGACCUUGUACUUAACAGAACCUCUUAAACUGUCAUAGUUAAUCCCACCUUAAGCGAAAAAGAAAAGUGUUCAUUAACUUUAAACAGCUAUUUUUAACAUACCAUGGCACAAAUGGCCGCCCUGCUGAUCAUCCUGGUAUGUUGCUUUGAAUGGGAAAGGCUCUUCUUCUCCAUUCAAGUUCUGUGUUCUUCACAGCCUGAAAUCAAAGGGAAAUGACGUAUGGCACAUGCUCAACAUGGCAGCUGCCAAAUUAUUGAUGUGUGCAUUUGGAAUGUUCAGGUAGCCCCAGAGAGUAGAGAGGAUUCAGAGCAAGGAAGCCGUCCAUGCACUGAUCUGACGUCAUUUCUGUGAUUCCAGACUUUUUGGACGCCUGUGCUACAGAACAGCUAAUGGUUCUCUGCCAGACAGUUUUGCUGCUCAGCUGUAUAUAUGACUGAACAGGUUGGGUCUAAGCAAUAGAACAGAAACCUGCUGAAUGGCCAUGUAUUCCUUUACAAUGACCUAGCUCUCCUUAAAGGGAUAGCACAAUCAUUUUUCACUCACUAGUUGUUAUAUAGGACAGUAGUGGUGCUAUCUUCCUCUCAUUGAUCCUGAGUGCUCCAGAUGCUAACUGUUAGUCUCCUGCCACUAAGUUGGCCCAUCAAGAAGGUAGCUUGACUGUUCAUUUUUAACUUUUAAGGAGGUUAUGUUUCCCUCAGCGCAUGGUGCUGCCACCUCUGUGGCAGGAGGCUAACAGUUAGCAUUUGGAGCAUCCAGCCAGUAUCCAGCACUCAGUAACAAUGAGAGGAAGAUAGCACCACUACUGUCCUACAGAACAGCUUGAGGGGAGUGAAAUAAUAUCACAUUAUUCAAAAUGGGUGAACUAACCCUUUAAAUAAAUGAUAGUGGAGGAUUGCAGCGUAGGUAUGUAGUCUAACCAGGUUCUGUGUUUUGCUCAGAUGUUAGCGCAGUACAGCUUCAUAGUUUUUACUUCAUAUCUGAUUCCUGGCCUCUUUAAAAGCUUGGCCAUUGUUUACAACUGUUUUGUUGUUUUUAAAUGGCAUCUCCCUCCAUACAGAAGGGUUUUAGUCGGUUAACUGUCUAUGUGUUGUCUUUGGUUAAUUGACAGCAGUGUUGAACAAUACAGCAGGUCAGGAUAGACACUCUGUUCCCAGACUAAAGAUGUGACAGUGUUUUCUCAUGUGUGAAGUUAUUACGUGGUUUUGGGGAGUGGUGGGGGAAAGAAAAGGACACUUUACAGCUGCCUCAUCAAAGGGUUUAGCCACAAAGCAUGCUGGUCCAUUUCAGCGUAACAAAAACAGCCACUGUGAAAGUCACGCCUCCUUUUGUGUUUUUCUUUCUUUGCCUCUUUUUACACCCUUAAAUGUUUCAUCCAGUCAUCUUCACAUGAAUUACAUUCCAAGCUGUUACCUGAAAAUCUUUACUAUUUUUUCUUUCAAUCUUUUUUGCUGUGACAAUCCUAACAGUAUUUAAUCAGCUGCAAAUUAUGUUAGUAGGAAGGAAGGUAGUGUUUUUGAAAUUGAAGAACCAGGUUAGAAUAUUUUAAUUGGUGGUCACAGAUAAAUCACCUAUUUGAAUAAAUUGGGUGUUUUUUUAUGCUGCGGGGUAUCAAUGUAAUAUACAACAUAUCAUGUAUUCUCUUCCAUAGAGUCGAUACAAAAAACAGGUUUUUAGACGGGUUUUAUGCUGUAAACAGCAGAUAAGGAGUGACUGGGUUCAGUUUAGUUCAGCAGAUGACUUCAAACGGGAAGUUCCUGGUAUUCCCUUUUUGUUUUGUUAUCAUCUCUGAACAAAAUGUAACCCCCUGGGUGUCCAGUUGUCUUUGUCUUCACCAGUUCCUUGUCAUUUUUAUGGUCACUUUGAGCUUUCACGCAUAGUUGACUGUUACAAAUCAUAGGAAAAAAACUAGAAUUUUAAGUGCCUUGAAUCAUGUGGUGGCAGCAGGCACCUUCACGUGGUUUCUACCUGGCCAUUUUUUUUUUUCAACAAAUGGUAUUACAGCUCAGCUUUUGGUUUGUUGUUCACCUCAUGGUGAUUUUGAGGUCUGUUUUUCAUUGCUGUGACUGUCGUGGCAGAGGGUCUCAGGGGAUGAGGGGCAAACCCCCCCUGAUGUAUCCAGAUGAUGGUACUCUGUUUCUCCACCAGCAUCACGUUAGUAUUUCUGUGAUUGACUGUGACUGGCUGUCGGGCCUGUGUGGUGAACCUGUGUACAUCACCUCUUGUCUGUGCCUUCUCUUUGUCCAAGGGAGGGAAAACUGUAAUUCAAUAAAGUGUUAUGAAUGCC